UUUUGAUCUGUUUUCCAUAUUUCUCAAAAAUAUCAAUUGAAAUAGGCCAUCGCAUUCAAUUUAUGUGGAUUGAAAAAUUCAAGAAUUAAACUUUUCAUAUCGCUAUAAGCACAGUCGCAUUUAUAACUUUAGGGAUAAAUUAUUCAAAAAGCCAUAGCGAGUCGCGACACAUGAAUCUGGAUAAUUUGGAUAUAGCCUUGCACGAUUUAGGCAUGUUGAGUGCAAUAACGGAGGCGCGCAGGGACUAUUUAAGGGAGUCGAAGAGCAAUAUUAACGUUAUGAGACUAAAUACACGGUACGUUUCCAACGUCACGGUCGGCUAUUGUAUGAAAAGGAGUACCGCAAAAAACAGAUUGUGCCCGUAUGUUUUGCCGGUGCGACACAGAACUAAAAGUGAAAACUCCGAGGCCAUCAGCUGCGAUUUGAACGAUAGCGGAUGCGAACUGAAAUACAACCUAAUGGAGCCGACUACGAGCAGCAGUACUCGGGAAAACGUCGAAACUAAGAGCACCGCGAAGCGAUGUCAGUCGUUGGAAAACCUGAACUUAUCGGCCGAGCCGCAGCGGGGGCCGGAGUUCUCGCCCGACAUGGAGUGCAUGUCCACCAGGAUCCAAAAGCUGCAGGUCCAGGAAUGACAACAAAACCGAAAUACAUCAGUGUAUAGAUAUUUGUGACUGAUUAGAGUGAAAACUAGAUAAUUAACGGACCAUAUUGUUUUUCAGUGUAUUUGUAUGUGUUAGGGGACUAGAGAAUCCAUUGAUGUUCCUAGGUCACUUCGUUUUGCAUGCUUCGGGUCCCAUGUGAAUGUAAAUUAUUUAUUGCUCAAAUUCUUUAAUUUAGUUUGUGUAAUUGUCAAUUACAUGAAUACCUAGAUGUAUUAUUGUUAGUGAUCGAAUUGCGAUCAAUGAUUAACAGUUACCUAUUAAAUUAUUUAUUAAUAAUUAUUAGGAAGGGUUGUUUUGUGUUGCAAAAGCAUA